GUGUCAGUGCAGUGUACAUAGUGUCGUGAGGUGUGCUGUCGCCGAAUGUGCUGAUCAAAAAGUCCUUUCAAAAAAUAAGUCUGACAAGUGACCUUGUAACGUAUUCAACUAAGUGACUGUUACUACGUAAUUUAUUGCGCAAAGAUACAUAACCUAAAAAUGUCAGACAGCGCACAGGACGUUCUAAAGGAUGCGGCGACCGGCGCUGCAGCUGCUGCUGCCGCUGGGGGAUCGCUUUUCAGCACGUUUGAUAUCAUUGUGCUGGUCAUCUUAUUGGGCGGCACCAUUUGGUGGCUGUAUAACUCUAAAAAGGAAAAUAAAAAAGAUGAAAUCCUUCUUAGUAAAUAUUCAAUUCAGGCUGCGGGAUCCAUCCAAGUUACAGAAAAUUCUUUCAUAAACAAAUUAAAGUCGUCCGGAAGAAGUUUAGUUGUAUUCUAUGGAUCCCAAACUGGUACUGGUGAGGAGUUUGCCGGUCGUCUUGCCAAAGAAGGCAUACGAUACAAGAUGAAAGGCAUGGUUGCUGAUCCUGAAGAAUGUGAUAUGGAAGAACUCAUGAAACUCCAAGACAUUCCGAAUUCUUUAGCUGUGUUCUGUAUGGCAACAUAUGGCGAGGGAGAUCCCACAGAUAACUCCAUGGAGUUUUAUGAAUGGUUGAAGAACGGAGAACCCGAUUUGACUGGUUUGAAUUAUGCCGUGUUUGGCCUUGGCAACAAAACAUAUGAACAUUACAAUGCUGUUGCUAUUUAUCUAGACAAGCGUCUCGAAGAACUUGGCGCUACUCGAGUGUAUGAACUUGGUCUUGGGGAUGAUGAUGCAAACAUUGAAGAUGACUUCAUUACAUGGAAAGACAAGUUUUGGCCAGCAGUUUGUGAGAAGUUCAAUAUUGAGAGCACUGGAGAAGAAGAAUUGAUUCGUCAAUUUAGACUUGUGACACAUGCCCCAGGGGAUAUCCAACCAAACAAUGUGUUCACUGGUGAAAUUGCCAGGCUGCACUCUCUACAAGUUCAAAGACCGCCCUAUGAUGCUAAGAAUCCUUUCUUAGCCCAAAUUACAGUAAACAGAGAGCUACACAAAGGCGGCGACAGGUCCUGCAUUCAUGUGGAACUUGAUAUUUCAGACUCAAAGAUGAGAUAUGAAGCAGGUGACCAUGUGGCUGUAUACCCAAUAAAUGAUACCAAUCUUGUUGAACGACUGGGUCAGUUAACAGGAGCAAAUCUUGACGAAAUAUUCUCGCUCAUCAAUACUGAUCAAGAAAGCAGCAAGAAACAUCCCUUCCCCUGUCCAACAUCCUAUCGCACUGCUCUAUCCCACUAUGUGGAAAUCACUGCAUUACCCCGUACUCACAUUCUACGUGAGCUUGUUGAAUAUUGCUCUGAUGAGGAGGAUAAAAAGAAGUUGAUGUUGAUGGCAACUAACUCUCAAGAGGGCAAGGCUCUGUAUCAGUCAUUCAUUGUGGAUGCUUGUAGAAAUAUUGUACACAUUUUAGAAGACAUACCAUCUUGUAAGCCACCCCUGGAUCAUCUUUGUGAACUGCUGCCACGUCUGCAACCAAGAUAUUAUUCAAUUUCAUCCAGUCCUAAGAUGUAUCCAGAGACUGUGCAUAUUACUGCUGUGAUUGUUAAGUAUAAGACACCAACUGGUCGCGUUAACAAAGGCGUAACUACCACAUGGCUGGCCGAAAACAAACCGGAACCUGGAAAACCACUCCCUCGUGUACCCGUGUAUAUCCGAAAAUCGCAGUUCAGGUUACCAUUGCAGACCCAAACGCCGAUAAUAAUGGUCGGCCCAGGUACUGGUCUGGCACCUUUCCGUGGUUUCUUACAAGAACGUGCAUUCGCUCGUGCUAAUGGGAAGGAAGUUGGAGAAAGUGUUCUUUACUUUGGAUGCAGGCAUCGUGAUCAGGACUACAUUUACCAAGAUGAACUUGAAAAGUAUGAGCAAAAUGGUGAUGUUAAAUUAAACCUUGCAUUCUCUCGUGACCAAAAAGAGAAAGUUUACGUGACACAUUUGUUGGAAAAGGAUAUGGACCUUUUAUGGGACGUCAUUGGUAAUCGCAACGGUCACUUCUACAUCUGCGGUGAUGCGAAGAAUAUGGCUGUUGACGUAAGGAACAUAGUUCUAAAAGCUAUCCAAGAAAAGGGCGGGCGCACAGAGUCUGAGGCAGUGCAAUUUAUUAAGAAGCUGGAGUCUAUGAAGAAAUAUUCAGCAGAUGUAUGGAGUUAAAAGAUAUAAAAAAUCAUUAUAGGCGAAUUUGUGGAACUGUAGACAAUUUUCAGUUAUGUGUAAAGGUGAUUAUAUUAUGUUACGUAAUAAAUGACACAAAUGAUAAGUUGAAUCAAUUGCCGUUUGGCAGGUUGUUAUUAUUAAUUAAGAUUGCAGUAUGAGAAGAAUAUUAUAUAGCGCGACAUUGAGAUGGUUUGGUGUCUACUUCUGCCUUGACAUGAUCCGUGUUUAGUGAGAGACAAUUUUAAAUGCUAAGUUUUCUCUUUUUAGUUUUUCAUUUCAAGUUUAAAGAUUCUUCUUUCAUUUUAUUCCUAAACUAAGUCUUCUCUUUUAGUACAGGGAAAAUAAAAGAAAUGGUUAAAGAAAUAAAGAGAGAAUUUAUACUAUCAGAUAAUAUAUAGAACCAUAGUAAUAUGAUAUAAUAAUGAUAAGUAGUACAAACUAUGUACAUGUCAUCAGGUAGGUACCCUAGAAUCUAAUAUUCAUUUUUAUUUUAAACAUCGUUGACCACGUGUUGUUAUGUUUCUAACCAAAAUGUCAAAUUAUUUAGUAGGUUAGCAUUUUUCUUUUGAAACAAACAUAUUUAUUCUAUUUAUUUGUAACUAAAGCUAUCCUAGUGCCUAGUGAUGCCUAGACCUCUCUUCUCUCGUUUUAGACAUCUAUCCAUGUAUGUAAUGCUUAACGCUGUUUUCUGUAUUGAACUAGCCGUUUCCCACGGUUUAAUCAUCGUCCCGUGGGAAGUUCUUCACUUUCUUGGACCAAAUAUGGCCUAUGACACUCGGGGAUAUAGUAGGUUCCCAACUUUUAAGAGAUUUUAUAAUAUUUUUCUAUGUUGAUGUCUCAGUUCUAAAAACAGUAAAUUUAUUAGACGUGUAUUCAAAAACCUCAUUUACGAUUUACCGUCGAUGCUGUAACACCUAAUAGUAACAGUACAUAAUUUCAUUGAUUGAUCAAGUUUUUUUUGUUGUUAUAAUAUUGAUUUCUCUUGAUUAUCGCGGACAGUGUUUUCUUUUGUUACUAUCAGGCAUGGCAAAAAUUAUACAUAUUUCUAGGUACCUACAUAUUAUUAUUUAAAAUAUUUAUAAUCGUGUUAUCAUAGCUUCUAAAUUGGGACAUGCAUUCUGUUUUAUAACAACUAAUGUACUGUAAUGUUAUCAUUUAUGUCAGCUGUUGUGUAUUUUCUGAUAAAUGAAUUGUUGAAGUUUAUAUAAUAUGUGGAAUGGGCAAAUAGAUAUAAGUAAAUAAAUUAAUUUUUAUAUUACAUCUUGUAAUAAAUCGCAGUUUUAUA